GGUGACAGUGAAGGAGCCGCGGCUGCUCUCUGCUGCUUUGAUAUGUUUGGUUGAACUGGAUACGAAGUUUGUCGGCUGUGCCCUCAAAAUUUCGGUAGGUAAGAGCCUGACACCCUCAUGUCUCAGUUUAAGAGCGUUAAACGUUUGUAAUUUAAAAUUUAACCGUCCGCUUAUAUGACGCUUUUAUCUUCAGAUUUAACGGCCGGCUCGCGCGAUCUCAAAGAUGACAGUUUGUUAGCUUAAAGUUUGGUGUAGCUCUGCAGCCUGAUGUCUCUGUUUUUUUGGGAAAUGUGAAUUGUGAUACUUCUCUAAAUGCUUCAUUCAGUGACUGACCGAUGUAACUGUGGCUUAUACCUCUUCCUGAACCGAAACUGAUGUCAGAAAAUAGAGCAAAAGUACUUAAAACCCUCACAGUUGCUGUAAUUCUACGUCUGUUAGGAAGUUUAACCUUUAAUUCACCUUUAAAUACCCAGUUUGACUUUUUUCUCAUUUUAUUUGCUGCUUACAAUUGACAAAACGAUAAUACACUGAUAAUUUGUUGCAUGUAGGUUAAUUAUUUGGUAAACCAUGGUCCUGAGAUAUGACCUUUUUUACAUAGAGUAUUGCAAUCUUGUUUUGUUCUUUUGUAGUAUUCUGGGCUUCAGCUUCAUGUACUUCCUAAAAUGUAGGUGUACUCCUCAGAUUUCUGAUUUAACUGUUACGAAAAACAGGAAAAUCCUACACUUCUGUGAGUUUUUGAACUUGCCUAAUAAUUAAAGCUCCUGUCAGGAAGUUUGGGCCUCCGGUGACUUUGGCGCCCCCUGUGGACAAAGUGAUACUCAUUAUCUCUUUGCAGAUUUGGUCUUGUUUAUUUUUGUAAGUCAUCCAGAGGCAAAUAUAUAUCGAUUUGAGUCUGUUUUAUAACCAGCUAGAAACUUCUCACAGGAGCUUUAACAUCAUUAUUGAUUACUCAGGAUGCACUCGUUGGCAUUAGAGGUGUGAAUUGAAAAAAUGCAAUGCCUGGUACACAGCCCAUCAUGACAAUAGUACUAAGAUACAGCAAUUCUGAAUAAUUGACCAAUUGCAAGUCAGUCUUAAUAAGAUACAUCGCACUAUAUGAUUGAUUAUGGAAAACAAAAUUCCUCUGACAGGUAAAAUGCAAGAUUAUGAUAUUUGAACUAUCGCAAAAAGGAAACAAAAGAAUAGAGCGACUUAACUUGGAAGAGUGCUGUAUAGUGCUUGAUUAUCCAUGAACCGAAUGAUUGUGUUUCUCAAGUCAAGAUGAAAAUAUGUCACAGGGUCAGUAUUUAUUUCUAUUCCUAUUCGGCAAAUAAUUUGACCUUUGCUGAUCUAAGUGGUUUACGUAUUGGUUUUGUAGCAUUUAUUCAAUGAUGGCAAGUUAAAGCAAACCCUAUUAUCAGCCUGCUGGAAAACAAACUCAGGAGCUGAAAUUUGCUGAAUUAAGGGAUUCAAAACUUGUCUGAGCACUGAUGGAAAGAGAGAUUAAAAUUACAACACCUGAGUUUCGAGAAAGGAAAUGUAGUUCAGUCCCUAAAUGGAUCAAUAAAAGGUUUACAAGAGAUUGAGAAAAGUCAGUGAGUCAGAUUUACUAAAGAGGGAUUGUGGUGAACUCUUCACCUGUGAAAUGACACGGAGCAUUGAGAACAAGUUCAACCUGGUCCUUUAGGGAACCUGAUCUGUACAUUAACCUGUCUUGUCCUCCUUGAAUAAUGCAGAAAAGGCGCUCAGUGCUAAACUGGGUCAAAAGAUAACCCAGAUUGUCAUAGCUUUUUUUUUCCGUAUUGUAACUGUCACUAACAAACCACCUUCGAGCAAACCUACUGCUUUACACAUUUAUCUGGAAUGUGUCGCUGAUGUAUGCCUCUCUUCUUUUACUGCUUCGUGCUGCAUGUGCUGCUUUUUGUCGGAUCUUUUUGAACAUCUAGAAACUAUUUGAAAAUGUAAAACUGCAUGUUCAACUGUCUUGAUAAGGGUGUAUCUGAAGACCUUUUGUAAAAAAAAAACACAAUGGAGUGAAAUACUAGAGAUUUAGUUUCGACACUUCACCUCCAUAGGCGAUUCAAGAGUUUAAAUACUUGGUGCUGACUAUGAUUCUGAUUUUUGCUUCUGCUACACAUUAAAUAUUUUGACUUGCCAAAGCAGGGGAUGCACAUAUGGAGUUAAUCACACUGGUUUGGACACAUUUGGAUUGGAUUUUAAGAGAGACAGCUUGGAUCUGAAACAGGACUGGCCACUACUGUUCUACUUCUUACAACACCUUUCCUCCAUUAGCGUUGAAGGGUUCUGUAAUUAAAGCAUUUAAGGAGCAAACAGCCCUCUUUAACAGUUAUAUAAUGACUUUUAAGAACAUGAGGAUAACAUGUUACUAUUAACAUUUAAUGAUUGUUGGCUGUGUUCAGUCUGGUGUUCUACUCUUUGUGACCAUAAACUGUGGAAAAUGUGAACAGUUGCUCAUAGCUCUGCUGUGUGCUGCUGUAAAUCCUGCAGGUUUGCUGUGAUUCAACACAGAGACAACAUUCAAAGCAUCCGCGCAGAGAUGGUCAGUCUAGUAGCUGAUAGUCUGUUUUGCAUUCGUACAUCUAAAGGAAUCAAGUAUUAAAUUUGAGUUUGUUUUAUAACUAGAGAAAAGCUUGAGCAGGAAUGCACAACAACAGGGCGCUGGAUUAAACUGCUCUCAGCUGCAGGAAAUUGCAAAUUGCAGUGAAAGAAAAAGCUCGAGGGCAGAAUCUUUUUAACCACAAACAAGCUUCAAAUCUUUGUAAGAAUGGGCCAUAGACUGUAUAUACUAUGGACAACUUGGUUCUGCCUUCCGUCUGUAUACGGAUUUUAAGCCAGUGUAGUGAUGCGCAGUAGUGAUGUGCGCAUUUGGGCGCGCAGUCGCUAAGAGUCGCUGUGAUGACGCUCGGCUCAAACAGCGUAUCCCCACGGGUGAGCUACGCAAUCCCUGAACGCCCAUAGGCUGUAUCAGGUGUCAAUCAUAGAAAACAUGAACCCCCUAAUAACUUUUAAAAACAGAGCUUCACAGAAAAAAAGAGGACUUGAGCACAAACCAGUCUUACUGUAACUACGUGUCAACAUCACAAGCAGGGGGGGAGAAACAUUUAUUUUCUGUGUGAUAAAUGUCUAAAGUUUGUCCACAGCUCCAUAAGCUUUGCUGGCGGAGGAGGGAUUUAUGACCUAUACUGCAGCCUGUCACCAGAGGGUGCUGUUCUCAGAGUGGCUUUACCCAGCAAGGAGGCAGACUCUGUCCAUUCUUUAUACAGUCUAUGGAAUGGGCUCACAUCGAAAACAGACAAGAAUCUCAUGUUAUGAAGACAAGUAUAGAUGGUUGUGUGAAUACAGAGUUUGUAUUUUAGUUUCACUGCUGUGUAAUAACCUGGUAGUUGAUGGGAAACUCAAAAUUGAUUAAAAAGAUUAAACCAGUACAAUUUUUACUCUUCACUCAUUAUUUGGGUGUAGUACAGAAAUGGUAUACACCCCAAGGCGAAGCAGGGAUGCAAGUUAAUAAAAAAACAAAUGUGCUUUUCCUGUUAAAAGGUUUGCUGGGAAGUCAGUGUGUUUCUUGAGUAAGGUGUUGAAACCUAGAUUUUCUGAUCGUCUCAGCUGGAAAUCAGUAUGUUCACAUUUUCUUUUUAUUUUGCAUUGUUACAGGCAGGAUGGAGAUGAUGAAGCCAGAAGUUAAAAAAAAACCCAAACCAGUAAGAAAACAUCAACAUAGUAAUCAAAAGCUUAAAAUAUUCUGUGUUAUAAAACAUACAAUCAGGACUCAUAGCAACUCAUGAUUUCCUCUUUUUCUACAGCCGAGACCUCUUCCAAGAUCCUCUGAGGUAUAGUAACUCUAAUUUUCCAAAAGCUUUGUAUAAAGUUUUCAAUGUUUGCCAAUGUGUUCAUGUGGUGGCACAGUAGAGAAGAUGUUAAGUGGUUGAAAACAGCUGAAUUCCUUCUGUUUAGGAACAUUAAUGUGUGUAAAUAUGAAAGUAAAAAUAUGAAAACUUUUCCAGGUGAAAAUAAGUGACCAAGAGAAAGAGGAGAAACCGGCUCCUUCGGUGCCUCUAAGACCUGCAGAUGCUGUAAGUUCAACCUGUUUGAGCAUUUAGUCUGUACAUACAGACCGUGUUUUAUACUCUAAGAUUUCUAAACAAAUAAAAGACCUGAUAAGGCGAGAAAAUAAGCGCCUUCUAAUUUGCAAAAAGAGUCAACUUUAUAUUUAUUUCUGUGCAGGAGCUGAGUCACACACAGUAUAGGAUGAAAAGGGCAGUAUGGGAAAACAUUGAGGUAUGCAUCAAAUAUAUGUUUUAUUGGAAUUAUUAUUGAUUUGGCUUCUGCAGCUGCUAAACUUGUACAGAUGAGCCCAAGAGUUAUACGCUCACAAAACUGCACUGCUAAUCUAAUGGCGCCACCAUUCAACAUUCAUCGUAUUAAUAAGGGUUUAAAACAUUUUUCUUUUCUUUUUUCCACAUUUAUCAGGCAAACGGAUACUCGAUGCAAAAAGAGACAAAAGACAAACAUCCUGAAACACCUGUGGUUCCACCCAGACCCACAGAAAAGGUGCAGUUCACUCAAAAACCUCAACUUCUUAACAUUGUAGUAAGAAUCGAACAUGAAUUUUUACAGUAAUUUCAGUUUGCGAGAACAUUUGGUGCCACAAAGAAUUGUAACUGAAGCUCAGGUGAAUCUUUAACCUUUUGUCGUCUGUGUUUAGUGUGAGAAGGGUUUACAGUAAAGAAUCACCAGGAGCUACACAGGGUUUCAUGUUUCUUUCCUGCUCAGAACAUCUUUGUUAUUGUUCCCCCGGGGCUUUUUCUCUUUAUGUGUGCAGGAACUUAACGCCACAACCAGAUACAACCAUCGCAGGAGGGGGCGAGCUGAGGACGCACAGGUAACACACAAACACACACACAUACAGUACACACACAGUGGAAUGUCAUCUUCCUCCUUGCUUUGUUUUUUAUGAGUUUCUUCCUCUUCCUGAUCAGAGUGCUAAAGAAAAUGACCAAUCAGAAGAUCCCAGGGAUGAAACAGACUUCAAACAGGUAUUUCUGCUUUUAAAAGAUAAUAACUGCCACCUUUGACCGAAUUUAUAAACACUAUAUGAAACCUCCUCCUCCUCUUUAUUAACUCUGCUUUUUAUGGUGUAGAAAAAUCAGUCCAGCCUGUCUGGGAUGUUUAAACGGAGCCAGAAAGAGAAACCGCCGACGUUCACUGUAAGCAUCAAACCUGCAGCUUUAUUUUUGUGCAGUAAAUUACAGGAAAUUCGAGUUUCUUUUCUGAGGGAUUAUGGUUUCCAACAAGAUUAGUUUAAAAUUAUUCAUUUGAAUGAUGAUGAAUUUGUCAGUAUGUGUGCAAUAGUUCCCAGUGGAGUGUCAAAACCAAAAUGAAAAUACAAAACAAGGUGGAGAAGAAAACAAAUUUAAAGUUUUAUCCCAUUAAUAUUUAGUCACACACCACUAUCACAUUUUUUAACACGUAGAUCAUCUGAAAAGUGUUGAUAGAGGAAUAAUUUCCCCCAAAAUGAGUAUUUUUAAUCAAUCAAUCAAUCAAUCAAUCAAUCAAUCAAUCAAUCAAUCAAUCAACUUUAUUUCUAUAGCACAUUUAAAAGAACCAUGGGGGUAGCCAAAGUGCUGUACUUUGAGACAUAAAAAAAAAUAAAACAAUCAAAGAACAAGAUAAAGCGAGCAAAAGUACAUUAAUGCAAAAAAUAGAUAAAUAUAUAAAUAAGCAGGCUCACGGCAAGCGCUGCGAUGAUAACAAACAAAAUAACACUUCAAUGUAUUAAAAGGCAAGGAGCAAAAGUGCAUUUUUGCAAGGGAUUUAAAAACAGGAAAUGAGGAGGCCUGUCUAAUUUUCAAGGGCAACUCAUUCCAGAGCUUGGGAGCAGCUACACACCAGACUUGAUUCAUUUCAUCAGCUGAUCUCAGUCUUCAGACAGCUGAUUGGUCAGACUGCGUGCUCUUGAUUGGUUGGAAGGAAAACCUGCAGCCACACCGGCCCUUUGUGGAAUAGUUUGGACAUGCCUGCCUUAAGGAAAUUCUCUUUAAAGUUAGUGUUCAUUUUGAUCAUACUAACACAGAAGUAUAUCAGAUAUCAACAACAUAUCAUUAAUAAUUAUAACUUUAUUUUUAUAGCACUUUUAAAAACAGAAGUUUACAAAGUGCUUUGAUAAACAGUUGCUAAGCAUCAGCACAUGGAAAUAAAAACAAAUAAAAAACAGAAGCUCAGUUAAAAACAAGGCCUCCGAAUUGAAGGCUAAUUUCAUUUGUCGUAAGAAACCCAGACAAUACAAGAACCCUAACGACAUAAAAUAAGACCACGAGGACCAAAAUGAAAACAUAAAAUAGGUAAGAAGAAGAAAUUUAAUAAAAAUGGGGGUAGAAAACAGGAAACAGGAUGGUAAAUAUAAAAAGACGAUAUUAAUAAUGAUAAUAAAAUCUUCAUAAAAUAAUAAUGAUGGUAAUAUUAAUGAUAAAAUGGAAUAACCAAAAUGAGCAGGAAAAAACAUUAAAAUCAAUAAAAGGUCUAAAAGGUUAAAUAAGAAAAGAUUCUAAGUAAAACAAAGGCUAAAAGGACAGUAAGUCGAAAAUAUUGUUGAAAAUGUAUUAAAGCCUGACAGAUCAAUCGCUGAAAAGGCUCCCGGUGGCAAACAGGUGUGUGUAGGUGUGUACAGGUAUUACACAUCAGUGUUUAUUCAGACACACAGCAGGUGUGUCAGCAUGUGAGAGCUGUUUUUGAUUAUGUAAGUUAUUUGAUUAAUAAACAUUAAGGCCAGAUAAAGAAGCCUCAUAUUUAAUAUAAUGUAAAAAAUAUAAGGCAUCAAGCAUAAAUGUUAGAAAUCAAUAUAACAAGCACAGAUGGAGCUUUGUGUCCAGUGGAGUGGAUGUUGUAUUUAGAGCAGAAAUCUAUCUCGACUGCGGGUCUUGAUCACCUCUUACUCGCUGAGCAUUUACCUGAUUUUUCUUUCCUCUCCAGAGCUAUGUGACCCACAACUUGGACAAAGAUGAAAAACCUGAGGAAGCUCCGGUCAAACAGGCUCCUGCAGGCAAACAGGUGUGUGUGUGUGUGUGUGUCCUCACUGGUUUAUGUUUAUGUGUAAGUUCAACGCCAGUGUAACAAAGAGGAGUGUCUAAAAAUGUGCUCACACUCAGUCUGCCUCCCUGAGCAAAGGAGUCUGGGAUACCUCGCAGAUGUUUCCACUGUGAAUUAGCAUUCACAGGUCUUGAGGACAUGAAACUUAUCUUCAAAAGUCGAGCACAAGUAGCUUGUAGUUGUCAUUUCCUUCAUGUUUAUCAGCUGAUUCAUGACUUGACUGUGAUUGACAGGGCGGUCUGAAGGACAUAAUGAAAGGUUUGCAGUUCAAGUCGUCUCCAAAGGUAUGGAGCGGAGUUUGGUUUGGAGCUUGUUGCUGGUGGUGGUUACACUAUUCUGAGUAAAGCAUCUACUGGUGACUUUUUUAUCAGGUGCACUGGUACAUGUGUGCUGGUUUUGUUGUAUAUUCAAAUGUGUUUUCUGUGGGCGAAGAGAUGCUGUGUGAUAGCAAUGUGAGGAUUUCAGACACGUGAUCUGCUCUGUAAUGUCAUCAGCAUCAUAACUUUUGAUUUGUUUAUUAUUUUAAUAGUUAAAUAAACUUAUUUUUACAACAACAAAGGACCAAAACACAGAAGAGUCAGCUGCGAAUAAGUGGCUGGUUAAAAGAGAUCGUAAAAGUUUAAGAUGUAUAUUGUGUGUUUGAAUAUGUGUGAUUUCUCUGCUCUGCUUGUGUAAAUGAAAAAUCCAGGAUAAUAAUAUUUAUGAUGCUGAAGGUUGUCGACUCUUCUCUCAGACCAGCAGAGAGCCAAGUCCAGAGCAGCGCUCAGAGGAAGCAGCCGCAGAAAAGGAAGAACAAACCGAGAAGAACAAGCAGGAGAGGAACGCAGAGCCAAAACAGGUGAGAGGAAAACAGUAACUGUACAGAAACAUUAUAAUAUUCCGUUUGUCUGUUCACAUGAACAGUCUGGUUCUGCAUUUAAAAGCUCUCUAUAAAAAGAGUUGAUCCACAUCAAAUCAGUUUUUUCAAUAACACAGAAAGUUCCCCGUUAGAUGAUUCACUUUGAAAUCUUUUUUUUCUCAGGAUAUCGGUGCUCUGUUCACUGGGAUGUUUCGUAAAAAUCAGAAAGAGAGACCUGCGGUAAAAUCACCUUUUUUUUCUCUUUAAAGUCUCACCUCUUUGAUUCCUCCAACGCAUCGUCCUCAUGACUCUCCUCAUUUCCAGGUCAGCAAAGCAGACAGUGAUGCAGAAGAAACAGAGGACGCAGAAGACAAAGGUGCCGAUCAGUCAAACGUAAGUCCUGCCUUUAGUCGAUCUGAUAGUUGUUUUUUUACGAUUGUUGACUUUGUGUUUGUAUUUUAAUCCUUAUGAAGGAAACUAUUCAAAGAGAAAACCUUUUUUUUUUUCAGGAAAAGGGGAGCUUCUUUGGCAAGCUUAAAAAACCUGCUAAAACAGCAGAUGAUAAGGUAAGGGGAAAACAGACCAAACCUCCAAUAAAGAAGUAAAUUCAUGUUUAUAUGGUUCAAAACUUUUGAAGUUCAUCCUUCUCCCCUUUUUUUGAUCAUAUCACGAUGGUGUUUCAGGAGAAUCUGAGUGCGCAGAAAGAGCUGUCUGCUAGUAAUGACAGUCUGUCUGAAAACAAGGUGAGCAAAUACUUAAGGUUAUCUUUAAUUGUCGUAUUCGCAGACUUGGACCUAACCGUGUACAGAGGUCUCUUCAUAUCAUGAUGUCUAUCAAAAAAGUAAAAAAAUAAUAAAAAAUUUAAGUUUAUUAAUACUUUUGUUUCAGGAAAAAGGAGGAAUAUUUAGCGGGAUGUUCAGAAAGUCUCCAAAACCAUCAGAAGCUGCUCAAACUGAGGAGGUGAUGAAGCUGAAAAAGAAACUGGAAACUUCAUGUUUUAGUUGAAGUUAACAUUUAUCAUACAUCCAUUAAAAAAGGCCUAAAAAUGUCAUAUUAGGUUGAUCCAGUGGUUUAUGACAACACUGAUCCAGGUGGUUUUAUGUUUCAGGACCAGAAGUCUCUCAAUGACGACCUGUCGGGCAGUAACGAUAAUCUGUCUGAGAACUCGAAGGUGAGCUCAGAGGUAUUCAUCUGUGAAGAGACAGAAUUAUAGCUGCAGCGCUGUCAUUAUGAUCAUGAUGUAACAGUCGCUGAUCGUUUGAAUAAACCUGUCUGACUUCACCAGGAAAAAGGAGGAUUUUUCAGCGGGAUCCUUCGAAAGUCCCCAAAGCCUCCUGCAGAGGAAACACCUGAGCAGGUAAACGUGUUUCUGUAAACAACUCAGAUCCUCCGAUUAUCAGGAAAUGUCUUUUUGCAGUUGUGGCAGCACUCAGAUCAGUUCAGACUUGAUGGAGAAAGCGGAAGGAUGACUGUGUGGAUGACUUUAGGUGUUAAUUAAUCAUGAUAAGUGUCUUUGAUCCUAAUUUUAAAAGAUAGCUUUUAUUUGCUGGAAAAGUUUACCUGAGUCUGAUGGUAAUAAAUGUUGAAAUAAUUGCAGCUGAUAUCUCUGUGCCUGCUUUCUGGAAAGUGUGAUCCUCGGUAGACUAAAGAAAGCACAUGUGAAUAGCUGUGCCACAUUAAAACUGUGUAUUUGUCUUUGUUACAGGACAAAUUGUCUGUGCUUACUGACCCAUUGGACAGUAAUAAAGCUCCUCCUGAAAACAGCACCACUAAAGUAAGACACUUCUGAACGUUUGAAUCUGAUAUUUGCUUUGAGUUCAGCCCUCAACAUGAAAAAUUAGACCAGUUUCAGCUUUACGUAUUUCUCUCUGCCUCCACUUCACAUCUAUUUAUUUAGCACCUUCAAAACCCAGGUAACUCUGGGCUUUAAAAACAGAAAAACAUGAAAGCAAAAGACAAAAUGUAAUGAAUUCAAACACAGUAAGAGCCGUAAAAGUUUACACAGCUCAGUCACAAAAAUGCAUGAGCAAAGAUUUUUAAUCGCUUUUUUUUAAUAGAACUUAUUUGAACAUGAACAACAAUAAACAUAGUACAAAUUAAAGACAUAAACACAAAAAACAGAAAGAAAACAAAACCAGAGAGUCAAAUAGUUUUGUCAUUUGCAUGUUCAAAACGGAGUGGGAGGAAGUCAAAACUUGUCUAAUCCCACCCCUUUAGAAUGAAAGAAAAUUAAAGAGUGAAACAGAGUUUGUUGAUCGGUAAACUGACAAUAUGUGUUUUCUUUCUGUUGCAGGAAAAAGGAAACGUUUUCAGCGGCAUGUUCAAGAGAUCUCCUAAACCAUCGGAGGGGCCUCGCCUGGAGGAGGUAGAGCAUUUAUGAGCUGACAUCAUUCUGGAAACAUUCAUCUUAGAUCUGCUUUGUAAACGGAUUAAUGCAGGAGAAUUCAACUCCGUCCUCAUACCUGUAUUAUUUCAGUCACUGUUUGAAUAUGAGUCUGAGGUGUUUGGUGUCUGUGUUCACACUGGUUGAGUGACAUUUUUGUUGUGUUAAGGGUGCAGAGUCUUUACACGGUGAGCUCUCUGCCAGCUCUGACAGCCUGUCAGAGAACAAGGUGAGUCCUCAUAAUAGAUGUUACGCGCCCACUGAAACUACAUGACUCACCACGUAAAAUUUGAAAAAAAACUGUUUGAACAAAACUAUCUGUGAGGAAGAUGAGACUCCUUUUUUUUUUAGAAGAUGAUGGAAAUUUCUCAUGGGUUAACUUUGACAUGUUUUUGUUUUCUGUAGGAGAAGGGUGGUUUGUUCAGCGGGCUUCUGAAAAAGACUCCAAAAACAACUGGAGAGGUAAAGUUUCAUUAAAGUACAGUUAAGUUUUUACAAGGAACUUCAUGACAGACUGUAAACAGCUGCAUGCUUGUGUUUAGGCACCAAGACCCGGUCUGAAUGCUGGUUUUCUGGGUGUGGUUUUUACUGUAUUUGAAUUUGACUCACAAAGCAACGCAUAGUGAGAACCAGCAGCGAAGAGUGAAAUGUAAAUAAGAUCGCUUUAUUUAUCUGAUGUGCAGUAAACUCAAUACAAAAGAGUGCACAUUUGAAGCACCAUACAAAAACUAAUGUUCACACGGUUUAAGGUCCUGUCUUUCUCUUAAGAUGUAGAAACACUGAAUUUUAUAUUUGAGCAUAAUCCCAUGACAUUCUCUGAACCAUUUCCUGCAGAUUUACUCUGUUUCUGACGGUUUCAUUUAUUUUUUUCAGGGAAAUCUAACGGCACAGAAAGAUCUUUCAGCCAGCAAUGACAGCCUGUCUGAGCCUGCCAGCACAAAGGUCAGAAUUUGUUUUAUCAUGUUGAUAGAUUUGUGAGCAGGUUAGCAGAUAUAUACUGAAAAGUGACCCCAGGCAGAGAGGAUAAAUAACUGCCCAGAUCACAGGUUAAGAAUAAGAAGCUGACUCAGAAGUCACUAGGAAUCCUUGAGCACCAUGUAAAAAAUGUUCAUUUUUACACCAGAGAUAAACAUCUUUACAGCCUACAGAUAGUUUUCUUUUUUUCCUUUAUCUCAGACAUGUAAUCCUUUUCACGGACCUUCAAUCAGUCUUUUAAUCAGCCUUUAUUUAUAUAGCACUUUUCAUACACGACCAUGUAGCACAAAGUGCUUUACACAGAAAAAGGAAUAAAACAAACAAAGAAAACCCAAAUCUACCCUUGCCCAAACCCUCAUUCCCACCCCAUGAUCUAAACACAACAAAAACAGUAUUAAAAUGCGUAAACUUAAAAAGGGCUUGAUUCCGUGGAAACAGGAAUGUGUCCACUGAGGAAAUGUCAGGGAAACACUGGAGGUUAAGGUUAAAAUCUAAAAACAAAGUAACAUAGAAUGAAAAUUUAAGAAAUAAUAAGUAAAAUGAAAUAAAAACAACAGUAAAAGAUACUAAAAUAAGAGCACCAAAAUAGCUCAAUAAAAGACGAUCCUGUCUUUAAAACUAGAAAGGGAUAAAUGCUAAAACACUUAAACAAAGUUAAUGAUAUAAAAUUUGGUUAAAAGCAAGACUAAAGAGGUACAUUUUGAGUUUGGUUUUAAAGUCAUUAAGAUUAGGUGCAGUCCUCAGGUCUUUAGGUCUUCAUGUUUGACAUGUUUUCGGCAGAAACUUCUGCCUUCCUCAGAAGUGUCUUUUACAACCUGGUACAACAGCAGCUUCUGUCUCUGUAGCUCAUUUCUUUAUUAACACAAACUGUACAGGGGAGGAUUUAUUUUAUUUAAGCUGUUUUCAUUUUAUUCAGUUUAAGAGUAAUCUAUGAAUUUACACUAUAAAGGAUGAGUCUGAUUCAACUCACAAUGGGCUGUCAGGAGGCUGAAGGUUUACUCUACCUCAGGUCUACCUGACCAAAAUGAGGUUGUGUCAGUAUCUCCAAUAUGGCGACUGCCAUUGUUUGGCUUCGAAGCGCCUCUAUGUGAAAAAACGUGUGAAGUGACUGAAACUAUAUCCAUGCCCCAGAGUCUAUGACAGUAAAUCAUCUCAAGGUCUGUGACUUUUGGACUGAAACAAGAAACGAACUGACCGACAAUUUCUCAGCAACUGUUUAUCAAUGAAAAGCUGUAAAGAUUAAAUCAAUUUUAAGCAUAAAUGGCAAAAAUAUCUCAAUUUUUAGCUUCAUUAUUUCCAGUUUUUCUGUCUUUCAUUGUUUUUUAACUUAAAGAAUCCAUGCUGUCCUCUGUGUUUCAGGAGAAAGGAAGUGGGUUCAGCGGACUAUUCAAGAAGUCAUCCAAACCUGCAGACAAUCCUUCUUCAGAGGAAGUAAGAAGACUCUUCAUCUCAGUUUCUGACCUAGUACCAUCUCUAUAGUCUCAACUUUGAUACUCCUCAUCCUAUAAACAUAAAGAUACACAUACAGAGCUACUUCCCAACAUUUGUAAACAGACUUCUUUGAGCACAGGUGCCUGUCUGUUUUGCUGAGUGUUCACGACUCGAAUUAUUUUGAUGUUUUUCAGGAAAAGCAGCUGAAAGACAAAGAGCUCUCAGGCAGCAAUGAAGCUCUGUCUGAAAACAGCGUCAAGGUGAUUAUUCUGGUGAAUAAAAAAAAAAUCAAAGCCCUUUUUAAUAUCUCGACAAGGAAGAGAACUCAUUAUCGUUGUAUGUCUGCUUUAGGAAAAAGGAAAGAAAUUCGGGGGAAUGUUCAAGAAAGCUCCCAAACCUGCAGAAACAGCUCAAUCAGAGGAGGUAAUAUUUAUGUUUUCAGCUCUAAAGAGAUGCUCAGAGGUCUUAAAAGGCAUCAACACAGAUUCAAAAUCUAUUUUAUUAUAAUGAAAACCUUCUUACAGGAUGAUGCUCCUGACAAAGAACUCUCAGCAAGCAAUGAGAAUUUAUCUGAGACCAAACAGGUGAGAGAGUCAAACCCCAGCGUGAGUAAUUUUCAACAAAAAGGUCGCUCAGACAAUCUCAGACCGGUCCUAAAUCUUCGUUUUUUGUCUGUUUCAUCAGGAGAAAGGUGGAGGCUUGUUCAGUGGACUCCUUAAAAAGCCUCCCAAAGCGUCAGGAGAGAAGGCAGAGUCACCGGUGAAUGAGUGUUUCCUUGAUUCAAGACAAGCUUCCAAGCUUGUGCACACAAUAAAUGUCAAUAUUGAAUUUAUCAUGAGUUCUGUUUUGUGUUUCAGGAGGGAGAGGCUCAGAAGCAGCUGUCAGCCAGCAAUGACGACCUGUCUGAGGGGAACACCACUAAGGUGAGCGCUACCUCAGAAUCUGAUCAAACCUGUGAAUAUACCCCCUUCAGAGUGAGCGCUCAAAGACGGACUUCUUCUUCUUAUUUCUUUUAGGAGAAAAAUAUUUUCUGCAACAUGUUUAAGAAACCUCAGAAACCAGCAGAGGGCGCUGCAGCAGACAAGGUAGUGUGACGAGAUUAAACUGAACACACUAGACGUUUUUUUCACGCUGUGUAAAAUUUGAUUGUUCCUGUUUUCUUUCUUGAUGUCAGGAUGUGGAGGGGAAAAGUGAAAAGCAGUUAUCAGCCAGCACUGAGAAUCUGUCUGACACCACCGCCCCCAAGGUACCCCAGUCUGGAUUAAAACCCUCUUUAGUCUACAUGAACUGAAAUCUGAUCAGAUAUAAGACUUUAUGUGAUGAUUCAGUCUGUUUCCUGACUUGUUAUUGUCACUUUUUUGCAUUAUUUUUUGUGUUUAUAUCUGAAAUCAGAUUUUUAAAAGUACAUAAAAGAAAAAAGAAGUACAAUAAAACAGCAAACAACAACCUCUUCUCCCCACUCUACCUGUCUGUUGUCAAAAUUAGAAAGAUGACAUGAAUGUAGAUAAGAAAAAAAGAUAGAAAAUGAACAUUUCUACACUCACUUUAUGCAAAAACAAUGACUGAAAAAUAAUCACAGUCCUCUCCACUCUGAACUUGGAAGCCGGUUAAACUUCUAAGUUUUUUUCACUGUAUGACUUCACUUGACAGCAAUGACAAUAAUGUGUGUUUCAGGAGAAAAAAGGAGGCCUGGGAGGCAUCUUCAAAAGAUCAGCCAGCAUUGACGACCUGUUUGACGAGGUCAGUAUUUAAUUUGUGUUCACCUACAGUAAUUUCCGACCUUUAAGAUAAGAUAAGAAGAACUUUAUUUAUCUCCAAAGGGAAAUUGAAUAAUAGUAAUGGUAGAUCAGGGCAUCACUUGGGAGAAAAUCCUUUUUACACAGGACAACCAAACAAUCUGUAGCAUGUUCAAUCUCAGCUUAUAGAAUUGAUGUCUGCUAUGGUGCACUGAGGUUGACCCAGCACUGUCUGUCAGAGACUGCUAACUAAUCAACAGUCAUGUAAAGUGUAAUUCUAGAAACCUAGAGCUCAUUCUGGACUUUUUUUUCAAGCGCGGCAAGAGGAUUUUGUCAGCAAAGGCUUCCAGUUUGAAACACUGCACCCUAACUCUGCUGUCACCUUUCAUUUAUUGUUUUACACUCUAUUGUUGGUUCACUCAUCAGGAGAAAGGUGGACUUUUCAGUGGACUUCGAAAGAAAACACCUAAAGCGUCCGGAGACAAUCUAUCAGCUGAGGUGAGUGACUCUGUUGUCAUCAGUCUCUGUGAUCUUUGUUGUUGUGCACUCUGAUACCAAAACUACAUUUUCUCUUAAAGGACAAGGACGAUCAGAAGGAUCUGUUUGGAAGUACUGACAGUCUGUCUGAAAAUGGCAACACCAAGGUAGAGUGUUGAGAAAUAUUACAAACCAUUAAUGAAGUCCUUUAACUUUUAACGCACCUUACACAUUGUGUCUGUGUUUAAUAUCUGUUUCCAGGAGAAAAGUAUUUUCAGUGGCAUGUUUAAGAAAACGCCCAAAGUAACAGAUGGGAAUGUAACAGAUGAGGUACAGAGAAAGUUACUAUUCUUUGUUAUAUAUCUUUUAAAGUUAUUCUAAUGCUCAUGUCUUUUAAUUGUCAGAAAUUUUAAACUUUAUUCUCUGUUUUUUUGUGUUUAGGAGUUAGACCAAGGAGAGGUCAAGAGGUUAUAUCCCAGCAUUGAAAAUCUGCUAGAGCCAUCCACGACAAAGGUACAAAUGUUGUCUGAUCAUUGUAGUUGAAGUCUUCGUUUCCUCUGCGAUGUUCUGAUCGUUGAAAAACUUCUGUGUGAAUGUUUCAGGAGAAGUCAGGAGGACUGUCAGGAAUCUUCAAAAAGUCUCCCAAACCGUCCCCACGCAAAAUCGCUGCUAAGGUAACCAGAUAAACCCAUUUCAGUUUAUUUGUUGAACAUGUGCAACUAAUUUUAAGUGUGCAGUAAUAUCUUGCAUGAGCAUGUUUAAGGAGCCCCUAAAACAAACUGAAGUGUGUACAACUCUCCUUUAUUCUUUCCAGGAUCCUCUCUCAAAGGAACUGUCCGCCAGCUGCGACAGCCUCCCAGGAGCUGCAGAGGUGAGAACCGAUGGGUUUGUGGAGUUACUGUUGUCCUGUCUGCAGUGUGUUUUCAUGUCUUCACUGAGCGUUUAUCGAAUCCUGCAGCAAACAUUAAAAAUUCACCCUUACUUAAGUUUUAAUUUAUCCUCAAACAUCUUAAUAAGUUUUGACCUUGUGUUGAACUUCUUGUGAGACAUUUCCCUCCCAAAAAAUAGAUGUGUAAUAUAAUAAAUGUUUUGUACUUUGUAGGACGAUCUGCGUGAAAUGUCAGCCAGUACUGAAGAUCUCUUAGAAGCUACCGGCAACACAAAGGUGAGUCUCUCAGAGGUAAUAACUCUGUUUGAUCGAAUCAGCAUAUUUUCAACUUUUAUUUCAAGAUUUGAAUAAAUGUCUGUUUGUCUGUUUUAAUCAGGAAAAGAAAAGCGGAUUUGCAGGAAUGUUCAGGAGGAACAAAACGCUUGAACAUCAGGUACACCCGGAGUCACCUGGAGGAAAAAUAGGGAUGAUUUCCACUCGAUUCUGUCAAUAUAAAAAUAUAAAGAACUGAUUUUUCAUCUUUAUUGCAAAUGUUCAGAUAUUCAGUCCAAGAGCAAAGUGAUCUGUCACCUCAUUUAUACUUAUAUUUUUGGAAAAUUUUCGAGUUAUUUAAAAAAAAAGCAUUUCUGUAUAAAUGAAAAGAUGCUUUUAAACUCAGGAAUCCUUGUACCGACCUCUGACAUCUGUUUCUGUCUCCAUUUUCAGGACAGUGAAGACAUGGAGGCACCCGAAGGAGGCGGGCUGAGACGCAGGAGAACCAUCAAGAAAAAGAAACGAGUGAGUAUCCCAGAAUCUGACUGUGUGGUUAUUUUCUCUUGCUUGUUCUGUCUGAAGCUUGAUGUCUAAGUUUAUUCCUCACUGAUAAAGCUUACUUUCUCUUUUUCCUCAGGUUGUGUCAUUCAGGGUGAAAAAAACUCUUCCCAAACUACCAAAACUCAACCAGGUUUGUACUCAUCUGAUGACAUCUAAGAUCUCAUACGGAUACAGAUGUAGGGAGGCUUGUUGCUGUAAAAUUUAUGGGACCAGUUAAAAUGUGUAGACAUUAUUUCCCCAGAAUAAUUUGAUCAUUUCAAUGAUAUUUAAGAUCUUUUUUUUCUUUAACAGGAUUCAGAAAAGAUGCCUAUGAUCGAGGAGACAGUGGAGAUGCAGGAGUUGAACCCACCGGCACAGGUUUGAGAAAAAGAGGAGGGGAUGUCAUCGUAGGGAUAACAGAGAUUUUUGAUAGCUUGAGUAGCAAGCACAGUUCCUCUUAACUUGUUUAUAAAAAGGAGUAAAACUGAAUCUUCUGGUCUGUCUCACAUCUUCUGAGAAUCAGUUUUAAUUUACAUAGAGAAGGAUUGUGAUAGUAUUUCAAGAAAUCAUAAAAUUUGUCACAUAAUCUUUUGAUUUGUGUUUGUCUUCCAGGAGGGUUCAUUUGAAGUCCAGCCUGUGGAGAUCGCAGCUUAUCCCACUGAAGGGAACUCUCUGGAGGCUCAGGAGGUCGGUCUGUCAGCGCCUCUUCACACCUGUUACUAAGUUAACAUGAUCAGGAUUUCACACCAAACACAGAUGAAUCACACAGACCAACUCUGAGACUAGACAGAAGAUUAAGAAUCGAACAUCUACUAUACUGUAAUCUAAUUAGAGACACUGAACUGCACCAGCUUAAACUGCCUGAAUCUUUGGUCCACGGCAGACUUUGAUUGACAGUUUUCACUCCAGUUUGUUUUUAGUGUUUUCAAAUCUGCGACUGAUGCGUUAGGUUUUCCUUUCAUUAACUAAAGUCUGUGUUUUCAGGAAAGCGAUGAGCUGAUACAGUGGUGGCACACCGUCAAAAGUGAGCUUCUUUUCUUCAUUCUCACCUGAUUAUAUUUGUUUGGACUCAUUCGUCUGAGAAUUAUCAAAUAAAAGCACAAGUAUCUGGAUUAAAUUAGCCUUAAAAUCAUAAAAUAGACAAAAGAAAAAAAGUGUGUUUUCAUCUACUAAUCGCUCUGCUGGUUUACAGGCUGGGCAGAGUGGAACGAGACGUCAAAUCUCCAGGAGAUGGACGAGGAAACGUGAGAAACUUCUAUUCUAAUAACUUUUCUAGAAGUUUACUCAUCGAAGCAGUUCUUUGGUUUUGUUUUGCCACAAAUAGGGUUGAGUUAGUGUAUUUUCAUUCACUUGUAGCACUUCUGAUGGUAACAUGUAAUAAAUUGUUAUUUAGAUCAUAAAAUUAGAUACUUGAAAAGGCAUAUGUUUAAGAAUUUAAAGGACUAGUUUGACUUUUUUUCCAACAAGGCCUAUGAGCAGCAGCCUGCGCACGAGUUCAUCAGUGAAUGUCUUGGUUCAUGGCUCUCCUGUGUCUCCUCAGGGCGAUGGAGAUGGCAGCUGAUCGAGUCUACAUGGCGGCUCGUCUCUUCGUGCGCCUCUUCAACCAGCGGGGGGCAUCCUUACAGCACCGCAUCCUUGAGCUCUUGGCUCUGGCUGACGCCGCGGAUCAGUUCCACAAGAAAACGGUGUCGGUGGCUGUGGGAGGAGGAGUGGCCAGUGUGGCCGGCAGCGUGGCUACAAUCACAGGGCUCAUUCUGGCCCCCUUCACUUUUGGAGCCUCUAUAAUCGUCACGGCGGUGGGGAUCGGCGUGGCGACGGCAGGCAGCAUCACCUCUGCCACGGCUAAUAUCACGGACACAGUUCACUCCAACAUGGACCGCAAGAAGCUGGAGAAGAUGAUCCAGGGUUACCAGGAGGAGAUUAAAGACAUCAGGGAGAUUAUGGAGUUUGUGCAGGUGAGGGAAUGAACAGAUUCAGUCUUUGUUUUUCAGGUUUUCCUCCCUUUCUAGGAUAUCAUAAAGUAAUAAUACAUAUAAUUUUAUUUCCUGUACUGAUUAUAGAAAAAGAAAAAAACAAGAAAUUUGACUUAGAGAGUGAAACAAAUCCAGGGAGUAAAGUCUCCGAAAAACUUUGUCUCGUCUUCAUCCAGUAAUUGUUUCUCUUUGUCUCUCGUAGGCUGGUAUGGACACCCUGCAGGAGUGGGACUUUGAGAAGUACUCACAGAGCGCCGCCAAAAAGGCCAUGAACCACAACCUGAAGCACGUGAUGAAAGAAGGCGGCCGUGCAGGAAAAGCCCUGAUGAUCAACACCGACAAACUCAUCAGCACUGUGCAGGUUCUGGGCGCUGCAGGCGGCGCCGCCAAAGCCGCUUCGGCCAUCAGCGUCACCACAGGGGUCAUGUCGGCCCUCUUCCUGGCUCUGGACGUUUUCUUCCUCGCCAAAGACUCCCACGAGCUUCGCAAAGGAGCGAAAACGAAGUUCGCCAGAAAGAUCAGGGACGUGUGUAAAGAACUUCAGGACGGGCUGCUGGAGCUGAACAAAGUGAAGACCCAGCUGCAGAAGACGAUGGACGGCAUCGAGGUGGAGGAGUACGAGGAGAUUCAGGAGGUGGAGGAGGAGGUCGAUGACGACGAUUUAGAGUCAGAUCCAAAGAAGCUGGCUGAGCUGGAGCAGGAGCUGGACCUCCUGGAGGAGAAACUGGACCAAAAGGUUGAAGACGAGAGAAAAAGGUUGAAAGAGAUCGAGAUGGAGAAGCAAAGGGAGAGAGAAAAAGAAUACGAGCUUCUGAAAAGCAAGAAGGAAAAGGAGACGAGCAUGAAGGAAAAAGAGGCUGAAGAGGAGGCGAUAGAACUGGAGAAGAUUUCCGACGGGGAAAAAGAGAAGAAAAACGAAGAUGUCCAAGAGGAAAGUACAAAAGCAGAACCUCAGAAGGAAAAAAAGAAGGAAAAGGAAACUGAGACCUGGAUCACAGCGGCGAAAGAAAAGUUUGACUUCCUGCGAGACAAGCCGAAAGAAAACAAGGAGAAAGAGAAAAAUAAAACUGGACAAGACAAAGAGGAAACGAAGAGCAAAUCAGGCGAUUCAAAACAAGAGGAUCAGGUCGAAAAAGUGCAGUCAGUGAAGGUUAAGGGCGAGAAAGAAAGCGAGAGGAAGAACAGCAGCAGCAGAGAGGAGGAAAAAGAGAUGAAACCUGAGUGGAAAAAAGAAAGAGGAACCGAAGGUGGGGAUACGGUGACAAGGAGGCACAGCAGCAGGAGUGACAACGACGGACCCGUGUGGAGAGAGAGAGGGAGCAAACAUGAAGAGAGAGAUGCCGACAGCAGCAGCAUUAGUGGACACGAGAAACACAGCAGCAGAACCGAGAGCUGGAGGAAGACGGAGGAGGAGAGAGGAGUGAAGGACUGGAGAGCCGAGCUGGCGAAGAGUAGAGAGGAGAAGAAGGAGAGCAAGGAAGGAAGAGAAUCCCGAAGAGAGGAUCACGGGAAAAGUGACACGAGGAGAGACUCACAUCGCAGCCACGAAUCUACAGCAUCCAGGAGGGAGCGCAUGGAGAGGGGAUGGGUGGGAGAGUCUGAUUCAAAGAGGAGUCACCACAGGAGAGGAUCUGACGAGCAGAGGGAGAGAGACGAGAAGAGAGGGAGCAGGAUUGAGAGUGCGAGGAGGAAGUUUGAGAGAGCUGAAGGUGAGGAGGAGGACAAGGACAAGGAGAGGGAGAGGAGGAGAGAGAACCGGGAGAGGAAAGGGAGUGACAGAGAUAGAGACAGAGACAGAGAGCACAGACACAGCCACAGAGGGUCUCGAUCACAGCCCAACGCUCUGCUGGAAGACGGACUUUAUAUUUAG